AUGGAACCUCGGGAGCCUCUAAACUCGGGUGACAAGCCCAGACAUCGUCCGUUAACCCCAUUCCGUAUACUGAGGGGUGUUCUAAUGCUGGUUAUAUUCGUUUCUACUGCAUUUAUGGCCCUAGCUUACUUUGCACCUGUAGCUGCUGUCUUGAUACGCCUUUUUAGCAUACGCCACAGCAGGAGAGCAGUAUCUUUCUUGUUUGGGACGUGGUUAAGUAUGUGGCCAUUUAUGUUUGAAAAGAUAAACGGUACAAAGGUAAUUUUCUCUGGAGAAACUGUGCCCAACAAGGAGAGAGCUCUGAUUCUUGCGAACCACAGGACUGAGGUUGAUUGGAUGUACUUGUGGAACUUUGCGGCAAGGAAAGGCUGCUUGGGUUGCCUUAAAUAUGUCCUCAAGAGCAGUUUGAUGAAGGUGCCAUUGCUUGGUUGGGGAUUCCAAAUUCUUGAGUACAUUCCUGUGGAAAGAAAAUGGGAGAUUGAUGAAGCAAGUAUGCGGCAUAUGCUCUCAUCUUACAAGAGCCCGGAUGAUCCUCUGUGGCUGGCGGUUUUCCCUGAAGGCACUGAUUUUACGUAAUAAAUCUGCGACCUCUCUGUGAUGCUUCUGUCACCAAAUUUCAUGUUCUACUUACGAUUUCAAAAAUAUUUCCAUCUGCAUCGUUGCAACUCAUAUUUAUCUUUCUGUCUGCUGAUUUCGCCACUAAUGAUGUGGAAAAUACUCAUCUUCAUCUCAGCGAACAGAAGUGUAUUAGUAGCCAGAAGUUUGCUGCUGAAAAUGGCUUGCCGAUCCUCAAAAAUGUUCUUCUUCCUAAGACAAGGGGCUUCUACGCUUGCUUUGAGACUCUUAGAUCAUCAUUAGAUGCAGGUGUGCUUCUCUUCUCCACCAAACUGCUGUAUUUUUUUCUUCUGCAAUAACGUUUCUUUGAAAAAGGGUUGAAUAUUUGCAAUCCUGGGAUUGGAUUCCAAAUUCUUUGAUAAACGGAUAAUUUCUUUUCUUGAGGAUUGACGUGCUUUUACAUCCACUUUUUAUUUCAAUCUAGAAGAAAAAAAAAAGAAAAAACAGGAGUAAUAUACAUCUUUUUGCCUCAAUUAUUUUGACUGAAGUCCACCCACUUACCCACCCAAAAAGGGAAAACCGAAGCUAUCAAUCUCAUUCCUGAGGAGACUAAGCUCGCCUUAUUCAAAUCAGGAUGCAUAUGAGUAUUAGAUGAUGAGGCCGUGCCUUCUUCCAUCUCUUCAUCAGGUUGUGAUGAAAAUUUUGACUCAUGCUUCAAGGAAAAGAUCAGAGAAGAUAAAUCAACAAAAGAAGCAGGUUCAGUAACAAUUCACAAAUAAUUAAAAAAUCGUGUGAAAAAGAAGAAAGAAUUUAUGUUGUGCAUAUAUAUAGUUCUAUUUUCAAUUAUAAAAAAAGCCAUGUUUUUUUUUUCUGAAAGUCAGAGUUUGGAUGUCAAACCCUCUACAGUAUAUGACGUGACGAUUGGCUACAAGCACCGAUGCCCACUGUUCAUAGACAAUGUGUUUGGGGUUGACCCCGCCGAAGUCCACAUCCACGUCAGCCGCAUCUCGGUCGCAGAGAUCCCAACUUCUCCAGAUGAUGCAGCUUCUUGGUUGAUCGAACGGUUCAGGAUCAAAGACCAGCUGCUCUCUGAUUUUGCUGAAUGCGGCCGGUUCCCUGGCCCAGAGACCGAAGGGGACCUGCCUAUGAGGAGUUUCCUGCUGACUUACGCCAUCGUCAUCAGCUUGACCUGCCUUUACGUUUACCUCACGGUCUUCUCCUCCGUCUGGUUCAAGGUCUAUGUGUGGUUGAGUUGCUCUUAUCUUACGGCGGCGUCCCUCUUCAACAUCCGACCCUCGCCCAUCUUGAGCUCUGUGAAGAGGGCCCUCUGUUUCUCUCUCCCAAAAUCUUCAUAA